AGAUAUGCAAAAUCUCUCGAUUUCAUUCAUAUUUUUUCCCUCUUUUAUUUCUUUCUUUCUUUCUUUCUACUUAUAUAAAUGGCCCAACCACUGCCACCAUGGUUUCACAUCAUAUCUUUCUCUUCCUUUUUCUUCCAAAUCCUCCAACAUUCGUUGAUCAAUGGCUGAAGUUAUGCUACCGAGGAAGAUGGAGAUUCUCAACCAUUCUUCAAAGUUUGGAUCACCGGAUCCUCUUCAUGUUCUUGCCGUCGACGACAGUCACGUUGAUCGUAAAUUCAUCGAGCGUUUGCUCAGAGUAUCUUCUUGCAAAGUUACUGUUGUUGAUAGUGCAACAAGAGCUCUCCAAUACCUUGGUUUGGAUGUUGAGGAAAAAUCAGUCGGUUUUGAGGAUUUGAAGGUUAAUUUAAUUAUGACUGAUUACUCAAUGCCCGGUAUGACUGGAUAUGAACUCUUGAAGAAGAUCAAAGAAUCCUCAGCUUUUAGAGAAGUACCGGUGGUAAUUAUGUCCUCCGAGAACAUUUUGCCUCGUAUUGAUAGAUGUCUUGAAGAAGGGGCUGAAGAUUUCUUACUGAAGCCGGUAAAACUCUCGGAUGUAAAAAGAUUAAGAGAUUCUCUAAUGAAGGUUGAAGAUUUGUCUUUCACAAAGAGUAUUCAGAAGAGAGAGCUAGAAACAGAGAAUGUCUACCCUGUUCACUCGCAGCUCAAACGCGCAAAGAUCUGAGCUCUCCGAUGCAAAUUCCGUGACUGGAUCUUAGAAAAAGCCUUUUCAUAUACAGAAGCUUCAAGACUCAAUGCACUUGAGCCUACACUGAUGAUUCUCGCCAGCUUAAUGACCUAUACAAUUUUCCAACCCCUAUGGCCUUUUUCGCUGAUUGAAUUCAGUGGGUUUAUUCAUAUAGUAGUAAUGUAAAUGGUAUAGAGAUGAGCAAAAGCUAUAUUAUAUAUUAUAUUCAUUAGAGGGGUCAUAGCUUUUUUCCUUACAAGAGAUUUGUAAGCUGGCUUAAUAGAAGUUGUUAAGAAGCCUCACUUUAUGUGAAUAAAUGAUUUUGUUAGCUAAUCAUAAACAAUCAGAAGUUUCCUAAAAGAAUUUGAAGUAAUGAGAGUUGAUCUCUGGUGAAUGGUGAUUCUAAAAAACAAGCUUUGGUUCAUGAGUAACUUGUCAAGAGGAUUCACCAUAGCAACAAAAUAACUCUUAAACCUUCAAUAAUGUUUGACAAGGAAUAAAUGCAGACCAAACAUAUGGAAUUAGAAAAGAGAACAUAGCAUUCAUUAUUGAAACUAUCUAAAUGUAUUUGAAUCAUUUUCUGUACCACCUUUUAUGUAUUCACACAUCACAUUCUACAUCAUCACCACAGUGUUUCAGACUUAGAACCAUAGAUGACAUAGAAAACAGAGCUUAAGUUCUCGAGUUCCAAAAGACAACAUGGUUGAGAAAACCGCACCUCUCCUUUUAAAACUU